AUGUCCAAACCACAGAAACCCGUCAGGCAGGACUACAUCGCCAAGGCACGGUAUAUAAACAACUUGCCGCCUCCGCCGCUCAAUCCAAAGUUUCUCAAGUACAAUUUGACCGAACAUGUGCCUCCAGAAAAAGAAUCUGAGCAGCUUUUGAGUUCGCUCUUCAGAAAAGAAAACUUCUCCCAGUUCAUCGGCCAGGUCGACGAGGAGUACGGCAUGCCGCUCAACCUUUUGAACAACGAAGGAUACCUCAGUGGCGCCAACGAGGGAGCCAUUUUCGGCUUGAACCUGGAAAUCCAGCUUCACCCUAAAGACCGUGCUCUUUUAAGAGACGCAGGUAUCGGCAGAGUCAACAAGCUGGAGCCCGGCGUGUCUUUCUUGAGAAGAACCGAGUACAUAGCCGAAAAUAAGGCCGCUGCUAAAGCUGACGAUGCUCCAGAACCAAAGAAAGAGCACAAGGAGCUUGUGGAUCCAGAUUCUCAGCUUAAGGCCGUGGAAGAGAGCUUCGACCAUGCCCAGGAUACCUUGCAGGACACUUCCAAGAUCAGACACCCCAGAAGGAAAAACUUGCGUGCUGUGGCAGCGUGGCCCCUUCUUCCAGAUACUUCUAUGAUGGACACCAAGUACUUGUCGGUCAAGUUCACCGGUUCAGCCUCUGUGUUCAGAGAAUUGCAGAGCGCCAAGCGUUUGCAAAAAGAUGCUUACGACGAACAACUACAACAGGAUGCAUUGUCCACGGCAGUCUACAAGCCAAUCACAUCCGAGGACGGUGAAUGGGUCAGUUUCUACCAGGCUAAGGACAAGGCUUCCUUGGAUGCGCUUAAGGAGAAGUUGCAGUCUACAGAGAGAGAGCAGCCGCUGAAUCUUCUAGACGAAGAGGAGCAGGACUUGGAGCUGUUCUCUUUUGCUCAUCACAAAAACUACGAUAUGGUUUACCAUCGUUUCAACAAACCCGACGAGGAGCUUGCUUUGAGGUUUGUUCCAGAGCUGGCUGGUUCCAAGAAACGUCGUGCCGCCUACUACUACCCUAUUUCCGGCCGUGUCGAGCUCAAGAAGCACCGUGCAUCGGCCAAUACCGAAAUCAACAAGUUCUUACGUGACAGCACUUUUGAUAUCAUCGACUUGAAGAUCAGAGAGCCUAAUACUAGUGAGUUGAAGCGCAUGGACAACAUCCGUUCCGAGUACGACCCUAUGGAGUACGAAGGUGAGGAUGAAGAAGAGGAAGAAGACGAGGAGGAAGUUGCUGAGAAUGGUAACGACGACCAUAAAGACGAGUCUCCAGAGAAGAGCCAGCAACCAGAAAACGGCUCGAAGGACGAGUCCGGUAACGACAGCGAGUAG